AUGAUAUUAGAGGAAAAACUUCUUGCUUUGGAAGAGAAAUAUGUGAAACUCAAGGAGAUAGUGGACAACCAAGAGAAGAGGAGCUACUUCCUAGAAAAACAGGCGAGACAAAGAAACAUAGUUAUUUUCGGUAUCGAAGAACUGGAAUCUUCAUACGAAACCUUACAAAAACAUAUGCUCAAUUGGUUAGACCUACACUUUUCAAUCAAAUUAACAGAUGCCGAUCUACAAGUGCUUAGAAGGCUAGGAAAAAAGGGCGAUAAACCACGACCCACUCUGAUAUCCUUCUCAAAUCUCAGCACUAAGAUAAAUAUAUUGAAACAGAAAAAAGAACUGCGCGACACGUGCUACUAUAUGAAGGAAGAUUACCCAAAACAGAUCCUAGAAAAAAGAAGACAAUUACAGGAACAGCUGAACAUAGAGAGAGAAAAUGGCUUUCCUAAAAUAUGA